UGCCCGGCUCGGUGCAUGCAGUGGUGAACGUGAGGGGCCACUGGGCACAGGUUGGCAGGGCAGAGGGCAGAGGGGAUUGGCAGAGCAGGAGCCAGCGCCCAUGGAGCCAUCUGAUCCGAGCACCCAGUAUCAAUACCUGGCAGCCAUGACAGCAGAAGGCAGCAGCCAUUGAUGUGUCUCACACAGGCUACCAGUCACGUUCCCUGACACCACCCCAUGACACACACACACACACACACACACACGCACGCCACCCCCCAUGUGUUUGACUCCUACUUUCUACCCCCCCCCCCCCCAGGGGUAUUUGAUCAGAUCGGUGGGGGAGGUGACAUGGGCGAAGACUGACUGUCACUGCGCGGGGUGUUAGACUCGAUGAGCUUCCGAUCUCAUACGCACAUACGAGUCCAUCAGAGUGGAUUUUUGGGACAGCGUAAGAGUGACUCAACGUGAACUCCACAACCUUCAGGAACCUCAACAACCUUUCACUGUUCUCCCUUCACCCCACACACUCAGGCCAGGAUGGAUCAUGACUGGCAUUCGAGCAGGCGAAGUGGCCACCGGCACUAUGAUGAUGACGAAGACCAACAGUCCAUCUACAUCGGCGUUCCGGUUCCGCGAGGCUACAGACGCAAACGUCGUCGCCACCGCCACCGGCACAACGGGGAGGAGGGCCGUAGCGAGCGCAGACACGGUCGUCACGAGCACCACGGCCGCGACGAGCACUACGACGACGACGACGACGGUGGCUCAGAGGGACCCUCGCAUCAUCAGUCGCAGCAGUCGCUGUCCGACGUCAACUCCACAAUCUCCCCGGCCGCCGAGCGCCUGCGUUGUCUCCUGGGGGAGGACGAUGAGCCGACCCCCACCAUCUUCACAGAGAUGGACACACUACAGCACGAGGGGGGGGAGAUGGAGUGGAAGGAGUCUGCCAGGUGGGUGAAGUUUGAGGAGAAGGUGGAGAAGGGUGGCGAGAGGUGGAGCAAGCCCCACGUGUCCACUCUGACCCUGCACAGCCUGUUCGAGCUGCGCACCUGCCUACAGACGGGCAGCAUCCUGCUGGACCUGGAGGGAUACUCCCUGCCCCAGAUCAUUGACGACAUAGUGGAGCGGCAGGUCCAGGACGGGCUGAUUGGCGAGGAGCUGCGGGAGCAGAUCAGCUUCGUGCUGCUGAGGAAACAUCGGCACCAGACCAAGAAGCCCAUCCACCGCUCACUGGCCGACAUCAACAAGACCUCCAGCCCCACUCCAGCCAGACGUAGCCCCAGUACGGCGUCAGGUCUCCACCGCUCCACUGAGGACCUGCACGGCCGGAACAGCGGCAGCCUCGCACGGCUGCAUAACGCUCAGAGUCGCAGUAUGAACGACAUCUCUGAUGCGCCCAGUACGGACCAGCUGAAGAAUAAGUUCAUGAAGAAGAUUCCACGGGAUGCAGAGGCUUCCAACGUGCUGAUUGGAGAGGUGGACUUCCUGGACAAGCCGUUUGUGGCCUUCGUACGAUUGGCUCAAGCCACCACUCUGGGAGGCCUCACGGAGGUCCCUGUGCCCACCAGGUUCCUGUUUGUGUUGCUUGGGCCCACUGGCAGGGCAAAGUCCUACAAUGAGAUUGGCCGCGCCAUCGCUACACUCAUGGUGGACGAUAUUUUCAGCGAUGUGGCCUACAAGGCGAGAGACCGCGAGGACCUGAUCGCAGGGAUCGAUGAGUUUCUGGACGAGGUCAUCGUCCUCCCGCCGGGCGAGUGGGACCCCAAGAUCCGCAUCGAGCCCCCGAAGAAAGUCCCCUCAGCCGACAUGCGUAAGUCGGUGUUGAACCUGAAUGAGUUGGGACAGAUGAACGGGACAGCUGGAGGAGGCGGAGCUGCCUCUGACGACGAGGAGAUGCCGCUCCCUCACGAGCUGGGAGAGGAGCUGGCGUUUACUGGGAGGUUUUGUGGAGGUCUCUAUCUGGACAUCAAGCGCAAGCUGCCCUUUGUUUUCAGCGACAUCUGCGAUGGCUUCCACAUCCAGUCCAUCUCGGCAGUGCUCUUCAUCUACCUGGGCUGCAUCACCAACGCCAUCACCUUCGGGGGCCUCCUGGGGGACGCCACGGAUAACUACCAGGGCGUCAUGGAGAGUUUCUUGGGAACGGCGUUAGCGGGAACAGUCUUCUGUGUGUUGGGUGGUCAACCACUCAUCAUCCUCAGUUCAACUGGACCCAUCCUCAUCUUCGAAAAACUGCUCUAUGAGUUUAGCAAGUCAAACGGCAUCGACUACAUGGAGCUGCGCCUUUGGAUCGGUCUGCACUCGUGCUUUCAGUGUCUGAUCCUGGUGGCGACGGACGCCAGCUUCAUCAUCAAGUACAUGACGCGCUUCACCGAGGAGGGCUUCUCCAGCCUCAUCUCCUUCAUCUUCAUCUCCGACGCCAUCAAGAAGAUGGCGGGAUCCUUCAAGUACUACCCCAUCAACCGCGGCUUCAAGCCCGACUACGUCACCCAAUACAAGUGCGAGUGCUUGGCGCCGGAUCAGAUUCCUCUGGGCCCUGAUAACAUGACUGAGUUGUAUAACAUGACAGGUCUCGACUGGAGCCAGCUCAGUAAGAAGGAGUGCCUCAAGUACGGCGGCGACCUGGUGGGCAAGGCCUGCAAGUACGUGCCGGACCUGGCCCUCAUGUCCUUCAUCCUGUUCUUCGGCACCUACUCCAUGACCGUCUCGCUCAAGAAGUUCAAGACCAGCCGCUACUUCCCAACCAAGGUGCGCUCCCUGGUUGGUGAUUUCUCCAUCAUCAUCUCCAUCCUGGUGUUCUGUGGCCUGGACUGCCUGCUGUCCCUGGAGACUCCCAAACUGCAUGUCCCCACAGAGAUCAAGCUUCGUAAGCUCAUCAGUGAUUUUUCCAUCUUCAUGUCAAUCAUGACGUUCGUGGGUCUUGACAUGCUCAUGGGCCUAGGUACACCUAAGCUAAUCGUUCCCACAGAGUUCAAGCCCACGAGGCCAGACCGCGGGUGGAUCAUCAUGCCCUUUGGGAAGAACCAGUGGUGGGUAUACGUGGCCAGUGCUCUCCCGGCGCUUUUGGUCACCAUCCUCAUCUUCAUGGACCAGCAGAUCAGCGCUGUCAUCGUCAACCGCAAAGAGAACAAACUUAAGAAGGGCUGUGGGUACCACCUGGACUUGUUCUGGGUGGGCAUCCUGAUGGCCGUCUGCUCCUUCCUGGGGUUGCCAUGGUACGUGGCAGCCACCGUUAUCUCCAUCGCCCACAUCGACUCCCUGAAGAUGGAGAGCGAGUCGAGUGCACCUGGCGAGCAACCACAGUUUCUGGGAGUUCGGGAACAGAGGGUGACAGGGAUACUGGUGUUUGUAUUGACCGGAGUCUCCAUCUUCCUUGCUCCCAUACUUCAGUAUAUUCCCAUGCCAGUUCUCUAUGGAGUUUUCCUGUAUAUGGGGGUGGCAUCUCUCAAUGGCAUUCAGUUCUGGGAGAGGAUUAAGUUGUACCUCAUGCCAGCCAAGCACCAGCCAGACUUCACCUUCCUGCGCCACGUGCCCCUCCGCCGGGUCCAUCUCUUCACCCUGGUGCAGGUCACCUGCCUGGCCGUGCUCUGGAUCCUCAAGUCCACCAUGCUCGCCAUCAUCUUCCCAGUCAUGAUCCUGGGGCUGAUGGUGGUGCGGAAGCUUCUGGACUACAUGUUCUCCCAGCACGACUUGGCCUGGCUGGACGACAUCCUGCCCGAGAAGGACAAGAAGAAAGCGGAGGAGAAGAAGAAGAAGAAGGACAAGAAGAAGGGCAAAGCUGCGCAACACGACAGCGACGAGGAGGUGAGAAAUUAUACUGCUUGUUCCCCCGAUGACGCCGAACUGGACCGCAGCCUCACCCUGCACCUGAAGAUCUCCUGCCCCCCCUCCCCGGUCCAGAGCCCCCCUGCCGUCCACCAGCAGGCCUUCUGCCCCUUGCCUCAGGUCAGGAUUCAGGUGGACUCGGACUACGAGGACUCUGACCCUCCUCAUCUGCCUCACCUUCAUCAUCCGCAUCAUCCUCACCCUCUUCUUCAUCCUCACAGGGGCUGGGACAUGGACUAUGGCACCCAGUUAUAGUCUCCUGAGAGAGAGAGAGAGAGAGAGAGAGAGAGAGACCCUCCUCAUCAGACAGCUCUCUGAAAGCAUGCAUCACUCACAAUCCAACAGAGACACGCUUUCCAAAAGUGUUCAUGCACAACUGCUGUAACUAGGAGACAGAGAGAGAGAGAGAGAGAGAGAGAGACUGGUCAGAAUUGUAAGUCUCCCUUUUAAUGCAUUUAAUGGCGGUAUCGCGGCCUAGUGAUGCUUUUGGGAAACAUAGGACUGGUUUCAAAAAGAAUCGCUAAAGGAGCUUUGAGACAGACAGAGAGAAAGAGAGAGAGCGAGAAAGGGGAAAUUAUGUAGAUCUGUUUCACUGUCGGUAGUUUGGAUUGCA